GGGUUCUUGGGAAUGGCUGUUUGGCUUCCUGUUCCUCCGCGAUGGCCGGGCUUGCGCGCCUCGGUUCUUUGCAAGGCCGGGGAGAAGAAAGCGCCCGCGCGGCUCGUCCAGAAGCAGCAGAUGAUCUCCAGCCGGGAGGAGGCGGCGGCCGAGGCGGAUUAUGGCAAUCAGCCCAUCCCUCGGCUCUCGAUCGAUCAUGUGACUGUGAGCUUUGCGAGGAGUGGAGGUGCUGGCGGCCAAAAUGUGAACAAAGUGAACACGAAAGUGGACAUGCGAUUCAAUGUGAUGAACGCACACUGGCUUCCUCUCCAAGUGAGGAACAAGCUGCUUCAAACGGAGAAGAACCGGAUCAACAGCGACGGUGAAUUGGUCAUUUCUUCGACAAGAACAAGGACACAAAAGGGAAACAUCGAUGAUGCUCUAGCUAAAUUGCAGGAAUUAGUUGAUGCUGCAGCUUAUGUGCCACCGCCUCCAUCUCAGGAGACCAAGCAACGAAUUGCAAGGCUUGCUGCUGCCGAAGACAUGAAGAGACUCCAGUCCAAGAAACUGUCUGCUCUCAAGAAAUCGGCGAGGAGAGACAAAGGAAGCUGGGACUGAUACGAGUCAACUCGGAACUUCAUCUUGCUCGGAGGAGUCAUCGAUAAAAUGACGAUUUACAAGCUGAGAGACCUUGGAAUGUGAACAGUGGCUCUUCUUAAACAACUCUCGCAGCUUGUCAUCACAUAUGACAUUGUGGUUACCUGGUUCCUGGAUCGAGAAAACGCAAACGCAACUUUUAGAGCUCUAAAA